UGAAAACAUAUAUGGAGGCAGAGGCUUUAACGUUGCUUCAUGGUUCACAGUGGUAUGCUGCCAAUGGUUUUGAUAGUUGCAGGUACAUGUGAAAUUCGAACCUAAUUGUGAAGAUGGCAACGAACACUGAAGAAUUUCUCGGAGGAAAUUUGAGAACUAUAGAAAUUGUUUUCUUACAUGUGAUUACGUACAAGACUUCCAAUUCUCAUUGUUUUAGAGAAUCAAAUAGAGUUGCGGUACACCGAUGGCUAUGUAAAACUGGUAGUUGAUGAUGAUUCCAAAGACAUAUAUUAUAUUUAUAAUUACUUAAUAAAUAAAUGGCCUUGGAAGAAAUUGAUAAACCCAAAGCUAAAUGGAAUCUAUAGCUAAAAGGAUUCUGCAGAUUUGGUUUUGGCUGUUUGUUUUCAUUGACACAUUAAUACAUUCAAGUUUCCAAGAGCUCAACAGGAUUGUGUGAGCCAAUGGAGUCACCACUGGCCGUAGUGAACUUUGGGAAAUCUCUGUUAGUGCCAAGUGUUCAAGAGCUUGCCACAGAGCACCUAACCAAGAUUCCAGCCAGGUAUGUCCGCCCAGAACAAGAAUCUCUGGUCAUAUCUGACGGAGCAGUGGUUCCUGCUGUCCCUGUUAUCGAUCUUAAAAAAUUGAUUUCAGGGGAUUCCAUGGAUUCCGAGCUUCAAAAGCUUCACUCAGCUUGUCAAGAAUGGGGUUUCCUCCAGGUUAUAAACCACGGACUGACACCUUCAACACUGGAGGACUUCAAGAGAGAGGUCACAGAAUUGUUCAAACUUCCAAUGGCAGAAAAGAAGAAGCUAUGGCAACACGAAGACAGCUAUGAGGGGUUUGGGCAGCUAAAUGUUGUAUCAGAGGAGCAAAAGCUUGAUUGGAGCGAUAUGUUUGGCAUAACCACUCUUCCCCCGCAUAUCCGGAACUUGUUUCAAAAGUUGCCUUUAAAGCUCAGGGACAUAAUGGAAGCAUACUGCAAAGAAAUCAAGAGCCUAGCAAUAAUCAUCCUUUGUCAACUGGCGCAGACUUUAAGGAUGGAUGAAAAGGAAAUGAGAGAUCUAUUCGGUGAUGGUAUGCAGUCAAUAAGGGUGAAUUAUUAUCCUCCUUGUCCUGAGCCAGAUAAGACCAUUGGCUUCAGCCCUCAUUCUGAUGCCGGUGCCCUUACCAUCCUUUUUCAGCUAAAUGAAACUGAAGGCCUCCAAGUCCGGAAAGAUGGUAUCUGGGUGCCUGUAAAACCACUCCCAAAUGCGUUGAUUGUGAAUAUUGGCGACAUGAUGGAGAUAGUGAGCAAUGGUGUUUAUAGGAGCGUUGAGCACAGAGCAGUUGUAAAUUCAAACGAAGUGAGGCUAUCUGUUGCAACAUUCUAUACCGCCAACCUUGACUCCGAACUAGGACCUGCACACAGUCUUAUUGGACCAAAUAAUCCAGCAGUUUUCCGAAGAGUUCCCGUGGAAAAAUAUAUUAAGGACUUUUUUGCGCGAAAACUUGAAGGAAAAUCAUAUGUUGAUUUCAUGAAGGUAGAGACGAGGGAUGACGAAUCCUAGGCAGCAUUUGGUACUUUAGUUGGAUAUUAGCUUAUCUAUAUCCCGUGAAAUAUUUUUACAAGUUACUCUUGCUAUUGUAAUUUGGAGUUUCACUCUUUGAUGACUGUAAUAAAGUAGAAAAAUUAAUUUGACUGUUGUAUUAUAUUGGCGUGAUGGAAGAAAAUAUUAAAACAAUAGUCGAACAGUCA